AUGGGAUUUGAAUUUGGUACCAAUGGUGGACUCACUGCAAAGGAGUUGGCUAUGAAAUUUGUUAUUCUCCAAAAAAUCCUAUCUUCCAAAUUAGCUAAGGGUGCACUUACUGUGGGUCUACCUCCAGCUUGGGUUGAUGUUUAUGAAGAAAUAGCGGCAAAUGUCCAGCGUGCACGGACUAGAAUGGCUGAGUUAGCCAAGAGAUCAGAGAAGAAACUGCAGAGGCUUUCGGCAGCUGGACGUUCUGAGGAUUCAAAUGUUAGAAAGAACGUGCAGGAGGAGUUGACUCUCAUUCAGCAAGAUUUCCGCUUGAUCUCUGAGUAUCUCCAUGCCAUCAAGGUUCUUGUUGAUGAACUUGUGAUGAUUGACUCUCCCGUCUCAAUGAAUGACAUGACUCUUUAUGUCCUCAAUGGCCUCGGUCCUAAAUUAUGUGAUAUUGCAGCAACUAUUCGGGCACGUGAGACUUUUCUUACGUUUGAAGAGCUUCAUGACAUGCUGGUUGGCCACAAAAGCUACUUGAAAUGUAUUGAAACUUCCAACUCUGCCGUGGUGCUACUGCAAAUACCACUCAACGCCGCACUAUUGCUUCCAAGUCCAACCGCAACCAACGCUCCAGCAUCAGUUCCUCUGGUUAGAAUCACACCAGCUCUGGUCGCAAAGAGCUGUCUAGUAAGCCUAAGAUUUGGGUCCAACGACAAGAAGUGGCUUGUAGAUUCAACUGCUUCCCACAAUAUUACCUCUGAUCUUGCCAAUUUAUCUGUUCACUUGGAGUAUGAUGGCACUAAUGAGGUCUUCAUUGGCGAUGGCUUGGGUUUGCGAAUCACACAUGUUGGCUCUAUGACUUUUGCCUCUUCCUUGAAGCCCUUUACAUUAACCAAUACACUUUGUGUUCCUAAUAUUCACAAGAACUUGAUCUUUGUUCAUAAUUUCACUCAUUCCAAUAAUGUUUAUCUCGAGGUUCACCCAUUUCAUUUUCUUAUGAAGGAUCGGAGCAUGGGGGCGACUCUUAUUUGCGGUAAAUGUCAGGAUGGUGUCUAUCCAAUGCCAAUGGCUUCUCCCGCUACCAAGUCUUCUGUUUUAGCACUUGUUGGUGAACGAACAACAUUUGACCCUUGUCAUAGAUGA